AUGCCGACUUAUCGAGAAGCUACUAUAAACGAAGAGAAAUUCGAGAAGGAACCAUUCGUCUACAACAAAGAUGACGACUUUUACAUGGCACCAGCUUGUUUUCACGCAGUGCAUUACAAAAACGCUGCUAUAUUGUGCGGAAUCAUUGAAAUUUGCGUUAUUGCUAUUACAGUGCUUAAAAUCUUGAGCUUGGAGUUUGGUAAGGAAAAUAAUCGAGCAUGGUUUCUAGCAGAAUUAGUAACACUAUUGGUUUUCGCUGUUAUCACCACAAUUUUAAUGAUUUAUGGUAUUAUCGCGGAAAAGCCAAAGUACUUGUGGCCACAAAUGGCAUUCAUGCACGUCGAGGGCACAUUACUUAUGAUUCUGGCUGUAGCAUCAGUUGCAAGUAUGUCGAUGGGACUUCAAGCCACUCAUGGACUUUUUGGCCUUUUAUCUAACAUCCGCACUUUAGAAGACCAUUUCGGUCCUAUUUGGCCGUUUAAUUUGGCUGUGGUGUCGUUUUUUGGUGCGGCUGCCAUAGUAUGGUCAUAUAUAAUCGUAAGAGGAGCCUACGAUUACCUCUUGGAUAAAGAUUAUUUCACGAAGAAGCCCAACAUUGAAAUGGUCAAAACGAUAAUUGUUAACUGA